AUGAGUCGACACUUUAGCUCCAGGUCCGGGUACCGUUGUGGCGGUGGAGGAGGGGGCUUCAGCUCUGGCUCUGCAGGGGUGGUCAGCUACCAGCGCAGGUCCACCAGCAGCUCUGUGCGCCGCAGCGGGGGAGGCGGUGGGAGAUUUUCUGGUGGAGUGUGUGGCGGUGGUGCUGGUGGUGGUUUUGGAAGCCGAAGUCUCAUUAACCUUGGUGGCAGCAAAAGCAUCUCUAUUAGUGUGGCUGGAGGAGGUGGACGUGGCGGUUUCGGUGGUGGUUAUGGCGGCGGUUAUGGCGGUGGUGGCUUUGGGGGUGGCGGUUUCGGUGGUGGUGGCUUUGGGGGAGGCGGUUUUGGAAGUGGUGGCAUUGGGGGUGGCUUUGGGGGUGGUGGUUUUGGUGGAGGUGGUUUUGGUGGGGGCGGUUUUCCUGUCUGCCCUGGUGGCAUACAGGAAGUCACCAUCAACCAGAGCCUUCUGCAACCCCUCAAUGUGGAAAUUGAUCCUGAGAUCCAAAAAAUAAAGAGUCAAGAAAGGGAGCAGAUCAAAUCCCUCAACAACCGGUUUGCCUCCUUCAUUGACAAGGUGAGGUUCCUGGAGCAGCAGAACCAGGUGCUGCAAACAAAAUGGGAACUGCUGCAGCAGAUAAACACCUCCACCAGGACCUACAGCUUAGAGCCCUUCUUUGAGGCAUACAUCAGCAAUCUCAGAAGGAACGUGGACCAACUGAAGAGCGACCGAUCUCGGCUGGAUUCAGAGUUGAAGAACAUGCAAGAUCUGGUGGAAGAUUACAGGAGCAAGUACGAGGAUGAGAUCAACAAGAGGACAAAUGCAGAGAAUGAGUUUGUGGGCAUCAAGAAGGAUGUGGACGCUGCUUACAUCACCAAGGUGGACCUUCAAGCCAAAUUUGACAACUUGCUUCAGGAAAUUGAUUUCUUCAAAACACUCUUCCAAGCAGAGCUCUCUCAGAUGCAGACUCAUAUCAGCGAUACCAAUGUUAUCCUUUCCAUGGACAACAACCGCAAUCUGGACCUGAAUAGCAUCAUUGAUGAAGUCAAAAACCAAUAUGAAGAGAUUGCCCAGAGGAGCAAGGCUGAGGCUGAGGCCCUGUACCAGACCAAGUAUGAAGAGCUCCAGAUCACUGCUGGGCAACAUGGAGACAGCUUGAAAAAUACAAAGAUGGAGAUUUCUGAGUUGAAUCGGGUGAUCCAAAGACUUAGAUCUGAGAUCGACAGUGUCAAGAAGCAGAUCUCUUCACUGCAACAGGCCAUUAGUGAUGCUGAGCAACGUGGUGAGAACGCCAUUAAGGAUGCCCAGAACAAGCUGAAUGAGCUGGAGGAUGCCCUGCAGAAGGCCAAGGAGGACAUGGCCCGCCUGCUGCGUGACUACCAGGAACUGAUGAACACCAAGCUGGCCCUGGAUGUGGAGAUUGCCACCUAUAGGACCCUCCUGGAAGGAGAGGAAAGCAGGAUGUCUGGAGAGUGUGUCCCGAACGUGAGUGUGUCUGUGAGCACCAGUCACACCAGCAUCAGUGGCGGCGGUGGCCGAGGAGGCGGUGGUUUUAGCUCCGGUGGCGGCGGCUACAGUUCUGGAGGCGGCGGCGGCUAUGGCUCUGGAGGCGGCGGCGGCUACGGCUCUGGCGGUGGCAGCAGCUACGGCUCCAGAGGCGGCGGCAGCUACGGCUCUGGAGGCGGCAGCAGUGGGAGCCGGAGAGGCGGCUCUGGAGGCGGCGGUGGCGGCUCUGGAGGCAGCUUCAGCUCCUCGGGAGGUCGGGCAUCCAGCACCAAGACCUCCGGUGGCAGUUCCAGCGUGAAGUUUGUUUCCACCAGCUAUUCCAGAGGGACCAGAUAA